AGUCGCGUGGCGGGAGGAAGGGGGCCGGGUCCUGUGAAGCGCUGGCAAUUGUCCCGCCCCUUCCGAGUGGAGGAGCUUCGCGCGCGGGAAAAGAAAGCGCGCGGAAAGAAGGCAGAGAGAGGGAGGGAGGGAGCAGGCAAGGGCCGGCGAAGGCAGGCAAGGCAACGGCGUGACUCGGAGAAGGUCGCCGCCCUCGCCCCACCCUCCUCUUCCUUGGAUCGUCUCCGGGCGCCGCCGCUUCUUUCCGCCCAUGGAGAACUUCCAGAAAGUGGAGAAGAUCGGCGAGGGCACCUACGGGGUGGUCUACAAGGCCAAGAACAAAAUCACGGGCGAAGUGGUGGCCCUGAAGAAGAUCCGCCUGGACACGGAAACAGAGGGAGUUCCAAGCACGGCCAUCCGGGAAAUCUCACUGCUAAAGGAAUUGAACCACCCCAACAUUGUCAAACUUCUGGAUGUGAUCCACACCGAAAACAAACUUUACUUGGUCUUUGAGUUCCUACAUCAGGACCUAAAGAAGUUCAUGGAUUCUUCAUCAUCAAUCAGUGGUGUAGAGUUACCCCUUAUUAAGAGUUAUCUGUACCAGCUGCUUCAGGGCCUUGCCUUUUGUCACUCCCAUCGCGUGCUCCACCGUGACCUGAAACCACAGAACCUCCUGAUCAAUGCUGAGGGAGCGAUAAAACUGGCGGACUUUGGACUUGCUCGUGCUUUUGGGGUGCCAGUACGGACUUACACACAUGAAGUGGUCACCCUCUGGUAUCGUGCUCCAGAAAUCCUCCUUGGCUGCAAAUAUUAUUCAACUGCUGUAGAUAUAUGGAGUCUGGGCUGCAUCUUUGCCGAAAUGCUAACGCGUAGAGCCCUUUUUCCUGGGGAUUCGGAGAUUGACCAGCUGUUCCGCAUAUUUCGCACAUUGGGCACACCUGAUGAAACUGUAUGGCCAGGCGUCACUUCCAUGCCUGACUACAAGUCCAGCUUCCCUAAAUGGGCCCGGCAGGAUUUCAGCAAGGUGGUGCCGCCUUUGGAUGAAGAAGGCAGGAAGCUUCUGGCGCAAAUGCUGCAUUACGAUCCCAACAAGAGAAUCUCAGCCAAAACAGCCCUCAGCCACCCUUUCUUCCGGGAUGUCACAAAAGCUGUGCCGCACCUCCGCCUGUAAGAAUCAGGAGGGUUCCUGCUUCCUUGGACUGCACUGGUUGCUUGCACUUAACUUUUCAACUUCAUCUUGAAUGGAACAUUGUGGUUCCUGUUGGCACAGAGUCUACACUUGCAUAGUUUAUACUCUGAGGUUUACUUUAAAGCACUAGCCGAGGACUGGGUGCUUCCAGACAGCCUUGCGACAGGAGGGAAGGGCCUCCAGAGCCACCUACUUCAGGGACUCGUUUUGUGACAGAAACCAUCACCUCUUCCUCCUUUGACAGAACAUCUUUUGUCUUGGCUGACCCCCUGGUUCCAUCUUCAAUAUAGAGCUCAGCUGUGCUUUUCUUUGAGAAAACCUUGCUGCCAGCAUGAAACCGUUUUUCUCUGAUUCAUAUCAGGAUAUUGACUUCAACUCUGGUUCCUACCUGGCAUUCUAUCAAUUGCAUUUUGGUGCUAGCAGAACCUUGCCCACUUUUGCCUUCCAGACCUUCAGAUGAGGAUUGUGCACUUAACUCUCCACUUUUUGUAAACAGGAAAAUAUUCUACUCAGGCCAAUGAACUUCUACAAAAUCAAAAUUGACGUGCCUUUAUAUUAAAACAGUCCGGUCAACUUUUCCUGAUAAUGAUGGUUUGUGGUGCUUGCAUAAGGAGGAAUAAAAGUUAGGGCUGGUGAAGAUCACACUCUGGCAACUCAGAAUGUCUUGCUAACCAUCUAAAGGACUGUUUACUGUGUCACCAGACAUUCUUGACUUUUCUAAUGUACUAGUGUGUUCAUCCUUCCACAUCCUACUCCUGUACAUGUAUUAUUUGUCUCUGUCCCCAUGGUUAUAGCCCAUUAAACAUUAAUGCAAUAGAUAUGGUUACAAAACUUCAUCAGACCAUGCUCCCUGCAAAGCUGCCUUUUUCCAGUGGUGUUUUACGUUCAACAGUUGUUGGUCUCAAAGGUCUCUUCCAAAUGCCUACAACUGGAGCAAAUCUGUCAGGUAGCCUUAGCUUGCAGGAGUCUGUUCAACAAAUGCAGAAUGCUUUCCGAAGUCAUGUAUGUUGGCUUUUAAAUUUCAAAUAUUUAGCAGUUUGAAAAAAUGAGAAAGUUCUGUCUCUACUACUGAUGUGUAUCUUACUGAAAAUAAUGUCAUCAUAUUUGUAACCUGUGCUGCACUGCACCAAGGCUGGAGGUCUGGAAACAGUCUAUCACUAUGCCAAUUUUGGUUUGAAGGAACUAAGGCAGUGUGAUUCUCAACCUGUGGGUCCCCAGAUGUUUUGGCCUUCAACUCCCAGAAAUCCUAACAGCUGGUAAACUGACUGGGAUUCCUGGUAGUUGUAGGUCAAAACACCUAGGGACCCAUAGGUUGAAAACCACUGAACUAAGAUGUGGGGUUAUUUCAGUGAAAUGCAUUGCAGGAUUUCAAAGGACUUGAGAUAUAAUCGAAACAGUGAUGUUUAUCUCUAAGGGGAAAACCAGCUAAACUUUGUCCAGCAAAUCCAUGAAGCGGUAUAAAUACUUUCAGAAGAAUUCAUGAUUAUCUUUUCAUUGGUGAAGAACUAUAGGUACCCUUUGGAUGAACUAGUUAUGAAGACAUGCCUACAACAUUGAGGUUUUGUCUCAAGGCAAUAUUAAGUAUUAAAGCUUUGACCAGCCCACAAAGAUGCUGCAAUAACAUGAACAAACCCAAUGCUUUUGCCUUAUCUAUGAUAGACUUUGAAAUUUUCCUUUCCAGAUAUUUGGAUCCAUCCAUCACCAAGAGCAUUAUGAGAGCAUUAAAUAAAAUGAAGAAUCAGUUAAUUUUUUUUGGGGGGGGGGCUCUUUAUUUUGUAAAAUUCUAUUUUGCGUGAUAUAUAUUUUAUCAAAAAGUGUCCUGAGGAAAGUAAGGUACAAUUGUCAUCUCAAACUCAGUGACAGAAUUACUGAAAUAGAUUAUUACAUAAUCUAUUUAUAACUGCAUAUUUUGGAAAAGAAUACAGGUCACAUGCAGUGGGAGAUUUGGGGGCAUUUCACACCCCUUGGACUAAAAUGGGAAUGCUUGCUAUAGAAGUGUAAAUUCCAAAGUAAAUCAGCAAAAUGUUCAUCAGAAAUACUGACGCCACUGCUGCAUGCAAUAUUUGGAUACAUUUCUUUUUUCUUCUCUUGAUCUUUUGAUUGGAAGUAAUAGAUAUAUUUAUGAGGCCAUUGAAUACUGAAUUUGUAUAAACCUUGUAAAUCUAAGCACCUUGAUAUUUUUUCAAUGUAGACUGUUAAAAGAAAAAAUAUUUUGUCAGUAGACCUUUGUAAGACUUAAUUUUUAACUAACCUGUUUAUGCAUAAUUAAAGUAUUUUGUAGUUUUAAA